GUAAGUAGCUUGUCAAUAAAUUGGUGUUUUAAACAUACCCUUACAGCCCGUGACUGGCCCUAGGUUGUCCUCUAGUGGUUGAACUUGGACACCGUGUUUCAUCUGCAAUCUGAUCACCGAAUGAAGAGUCCACACAACGUUACUCUAACAGAGCGCAGCAAUUCGUCUACUGAAAUGGGGGUAGGAUACUAGAAUAUUAUUAGUUUGAUUGGUCAAUGUGAAACCUAUUAACAACGCGGGGGAGGUGUCGAACAAGUGACUACAAAGGACAGCACAACAAACCGCAGACUGAGUGGAGCCAGCUUCUUGUGAGACGUUUCAGAGCCGCAGCACGACCACCAGGGCUUGUGGAGCAAAGCACUGCAUUGAUUUGAUAAAUCAUCUCGGAGAGGAGUUGGGAGUUGUUGAGGAGAAGCGGUUCAUACUUUAUUUCUAAGUCUGUCAGCUUGCACAGGUGAGACCUGCUGCAGUGUGCUUGUUGACAGAGGUCCUGAUCUCCGCUCCUGCAGUCUGCGCCCCCCACCCCCUUCCAUCAGUGGUGGUGACCCAGCUCCGGACAGCUUGCUGCAGGGCCCUUCCUGAGCAGCAGCAGCUGCGUCCUGCUUGCUGACUCCCCUCCCUCCCCUGCUUCCUGUCCUUGGUUAGACAAGACUAAAGCCUCCUCUCCCAUACCCCACUCAUCUGUCGGACUCUCAUACUCACACAGUUCCUCCUUGUUACUUACAUUAUAGCCUCCACCAUGACCUCGAUGUCUAGUCUCUUCUCCUUCACAAGCCCAGCAGUCAAACGCCUGCUCGGCUGGAAACAGGGAGAUGAGGAGGAGAAAUGGGCAGAAAAGGCAGUGGAUGCGCUGGUGAAAAAGCUGAAAAAGAAAAAAGGUGCCAUGGAGGACCUAGAGAAGGCCCUGAGCUGCCCGGGACAGCCCAGCAAGUGCGUUACGAUUCCAAGAUCACUGGAUGGCCGGUUACAGGUUUCCCACAGGAAGGGCCUGCCUCAUGUCAUCUACUGCCGUGUGUGGCGCUGGCCUGAUCUCCAGUCCCACCAUGAGCUCAAGCCCCUGGAGGUGUGUGAGUACCCGUUUGGAUCCAAACAGAAGGAAGUCUGUAUCAACCCAUAUCACUACAAGCGAGUGGAGAGUCCUGUGCUCCCUCCUGUCCUGGUACCACGGCACAGUGAGUUCAACCCACAGCACAGCUUGCUGGUACAGUUCCGUAACCUCACCCACAACGAGCCACACAUGCCCCUGAACACCACUUUUCCAGAGUCCUUCCAGCAGCCACUCAGUGGGGGCAGCAGUGGUGGAGGAGGCGGAGGUGGCUCUUUUCCCAUUUCUCCCAACUCUCCAUACCCUCCUUCUCCAGCCAGCAGUGGUACUUAUCCAAACUCUCCUGCCAGCUCGGGGCCCUCCAGUCCGUUUCAGCUCCCAGCGGACACCCCACCCCCAGCCUACAUGCCCCCUGAUGAGCAGCUGGGCCAGGACAGCCAGUCUAUGGAAACAAGCAGCAGCCUGGUGCCACAGAACAUGGCUAGAGGAGAUGUGCAACCAGUGGAAUAUGAGGAGCCCAGCCACUGGUGCUCUAUUGUUUACUAUGAACUCAACAAUCGUGUAGGUGAAGCUUACCAUGCCUCAUCAACCAGUGUGCUUGUGGAUGGCUUCACUGACCCUUCAAACAACAAGAACCGCUUCUGCCUAGGACUGCUGUCCAAUGUCAAUCGCAACUCCACAAUCGAGAACACCCGCCGACACAUUGGCAAAGGAGUGCACCUGUACUAUGUGGGAGGGGAGGUGUAUGCAGAAUGCCUCAGUGACACCAGCAUUUUUGUCCAGAGCCGUAACUGUAAUUACCACCAUGGCUUCCACCCCACCACUGUCUGCAAGAUCCCCAGUGGAUGUAGCCUCAAAAUUUUCAACAACCAGGAGUUUGCUCAGCUUCUGGCCCAGUCAGUGAACCAUGGCUUUGAGGCUGUCUAUGAGCUUACCAAGAUGUGUACUAUUAGGAUGAGCUUUGUAAAGGGCUGGGGAGCAGAGUAUCACCGACAGGAUGUCACCAGCACCCCCUGCUGGAUUGAGGUGCACCUGCAUGGGCCCCUUCAGUGGCUGGACAAGGUGCUAACACAAAUGGGUUCACCUCUCAACCCAAUCUCUUCUGUGUCCUAAUGA